CCCAGCGGCAGCAAGCAGCUCCCCCAACCUUACCGCCACUUGGCAGACGAGACGGGAACGUCGUCAUCCCCAAGCCAUCCGCGUUUCGUCUCUUGGCAGGAAGGAAGGAAGGCCUAAACGCAUACUGUACUAACUGCUGUUAUGCUACCUGCUCUCCUCCUCUCGACGACGACGACGACGACGACGACCACGACGACGACGUACUUUCCCACAACACCGUUCACCACAACAACACUCUCUCUAAUACUAUCAACCAUGCCCGCCUUCAAGAGCACCCUUCUUUGCGCCGCCGCCCUGGUCGCCUCUGUCUCCGCACAGUCGUCCUUCACUUUCGUCGCUCCAGGCGCAACCGCAACCGCACCCGCCUCGGGAGCAGCAGCACCACAGUCAACAGGCACACCAACAGGCUGUGUUGACGAGGUGCUUGCUGCCUCCACCGCUAACGGCUCGGCCGCUAUCGCAGAAGGCUGGGACAACGCAAAAACCACCUUCACCGCUCCCGCCACCUGGACCGUAUCCCUGCCCACCACAGGCGGGUACGUUGCCAUUCACUUCAACGAGCAAAAGUGCCGUGACCUCUCCAAGUAUCAAGGGUUGACCUUCGACCUGGUCGCACCAGCAUCCGGUGCCUUCAACAUCGCCUGGACCCCCCGUAACCCGGACUGCUCGCAGAUCCAAAACGCCAACAAGAACUACCUGCCUGCCGCAAAGUACAUCACCGGAACCCAGGUUGCCCUCCCGUUCUUUGACUUCUCCGGCGUCGGUUUCUCCUCCAUCGAGGACUUGACUCUGAUCAACUUUACCCCCGCGACAACCGGCUGGAAGAUCUCCAACAUCACCCUGAGGUGCUCUCUGAACAAGGCCGCCGCGUCCGCCGUGCCCACCGCUGGUGCCUCCAAGCCCGCCGCGGGACCGGGAUCGGCUUCCAACUCUACAACGCCCGGCAGCAACAGCAGCGCCGGCAAGGUCUCCUCCGCUGGAGCCGUAGCGGCCGCUGCCAUCGGCGCCGCCGUCUUGUUGAUCUGAACAGACAACACACAACAUUUUUGUAAAACGGACGAUUAGAAGAAGCAUAUCAUCAUCAAGCUCCCAUUUUGCAUUUGAUUCCCUUCACGGUGCACAUCCCUUCUUCUCAUACUAGACGAGCAGAAAAGCGAUGUGCCCCGCCUCGAGCAUGUAUAAUAGUUUUUGUUCGUCACGUAGGCAGUAGCUCGGUCACCCUCACUCUCCUUGACACUCUCUUUAUUUACGUGGGACACCGUUCUAUGGCGUAGACUGUUUGUAUUUGCGUGUUGUGUUAUUUUUUGUGCUGAAUUGCAUAGCGAAAUAGAUGGUCAGACAUCAAAACCCGAAC